AUGGCUGACUAUGUCGAGUUUGCCUGGGGAAAGAAACUGGAAGCCGUCCUCGAGGAUAUGGGAACCAAGGCAAAUAAAAAUCUCAAGAACACACCCAUUAUAAUUGCCGAUAUUGACGAUCAAAGUUCACUGUUGGAAAUGGCCAAACGUUGUCGAGUUUUGGUAAAUUGCUGCGGACCCUAUCGGUUCUAUGGUGAACCCGUUGUGCGUGCCUGCAUUGAGGCUGGUACUCAUCAUGUGGAUGUAAGCGGCGAACCUCAGUAUAUGGAAACAAUGCAAUUGAAAUACCACAAAGAAGCCCAGGAGCGCAACGUGUAUGUUGUAUCGGCAUGUGGCUUUGAUUCCAUAACUGCCGAUAUGGGAAUUGUAUUUAUUGAAAAGAACUUCGAUGGUAUUGUCAAUUCGGUGGAAACCUACUUGCAAAGUUAUACAAAGGGUGGUUCUAACAGUGGUGGUGGCGCUGGCAUUCACUUUGGAACAUGGGAAAGUGCUGUCUACGGUCUGGCUCAUGCCAACGAAUUGCGUGGAAUCCGACAAAAAUUAUAUUCUGAAAAAAUGCCACGCUUCGAACCUGUGCUCAAACAUCGUCCGUUAAUUUUCCGUUCGGAAAUUGUAAAUGGUGUAUGUCUACCAUUCCCGGGUUCUGAUCGCUCGGUUGUUAUGCGUUCGCAACGUUUCAUAUAUGAACAAGAGAAGAAGAGACCAGUUCAGAUGCAUGCAUACGUUGCAUUCGGAUCAUAUGUUACAGCAUGUUUAGUGGCCCUGGCGGCUGUGUCUUUUGGCCUAUUGGCAAAAUUCUCAUUAGGGCGCCGUCUCCUAUUGAAAUAUCCAAGAUUGUUUUCUUUCGGGUUUGUGUCGCACGAAGGUCCAUCUGAAGCUGCCAUGGAACGAACUUAUUUUGCAAUGACAAUGAAAGCAUUAGGUUGGCCCAAAACCGAUAACAACAAUCCUCCAAGUGGCGCACCAACAAAAUCGUUGAUAGCAAUACCUAACUGA